AUGCUGCAGUUAUGUAACUGCCAACCACAAAAAGAAUGUAGCAGUACAGACUCCAUCCCUGCACUAUUGGAAACCGAUGAUGAAAUUGAAGACCUUUUCAAUAAGAUUGACAGGCCCAUUCCAAAGGUGUCCAUUGAUGACGUGGAAAAGGCAACCAGUGCAGAGGAGACCAAACUGACUGUUGUUAACCCAAAAAAUUAUUACUGUUUGGAGGACCUACUGUUUGUGAGGGUUGAUGCAUAUGAUUAUUCUGGAGCCCUAAAACCAUAUGGCGGUGAUUAUUUAAGGGCCAGAAUAUACUCACCUGCCACGAACAGCAGUGCUAGUGGCAGUAUAAAAGAUUAUAAUAAUGGGACAUAUCUAGUAAAAUUCACCUUGUUUUGGGAGGGAACUGUGCACAUAUCGAUAGUCCUAAUGCACCCAAGCGAGGCCGUCUCUGCCUUAUGGCGUGGCAGGAACCAAGGCUUCGCCAACAUUAAGUACACUGGAAAUUUCACAAGUGCUACGAGCUACGCCAACAGUGAAUGCGGGUUCCAUCUUGACACCCAGGAGGAAGUCUGUGCCUACAUCGAUAAAAGGGAUAAGGAGGCUUUUUAUUGUGUUAAGCCUAAAAAUUACCCUUGCGAAGCUCUAACCCAUAUGAAUUCCGUCAACCGAGAUCAUUCCUAUCUUACAGAGGAGGAGCAGCUUCUUCUUAGCAGGUCAAACAUUGGGCUGGAAGUUUCAAAGCCUUUAAAACCUGUCAAAGUUUCCAGCUGUGGCAAGCAGGAGGAACCCAGUGAAAAGUGUAGAACGGGAUCCUACUAUCCCAUUCCAAGUGGAUAUUUCUCAUAUAAUCUGUGGAAGCCCAUCCACUGUAAGAUGACACAAUUCACUAACAAUGAUAAACUGAAAGACUUUCUUAAGGGCAAAAAGCUAUUCCUCUUGGGGGAUUCUACAGUUCGCCAAUAUAUAAGACACUUCGCAGAGAAUAUUAAAAUUGUGGAUUACUUCAAUCACACGGAGGAUGAGAUGCAGUCCUGGCAAAAGACUCUUCUGGCCAUUAAUCUGGAAAAGUUUAUUUAUGUCCAGUGGAAGAAACACACUUUCCCAUUUGUCAGUAAAACCUUCUACUCCAUCAAAGAAGACGCCUACAUGGCCCGCCAAAUUGACCAGAUUGGCGGAGGAGAAAAUACUAUCAUAAUUCUUACUUUAGGUCAACAUUUCAGGCCUUUUCCCUUUCGAACUUUCAUCAGGUCAGCGAUCAAUGUACGGAGAGCGAUUGAACGGCUCUUUAUCCGAAGUCCACGCACCAGAGUGAUCAUAAAGGAGGAGAAUGCCCGUGACAUGGACAUUGACAUGGAACGCUUCAGUGAUUUCCAUGGCCAUGUCCAAUACCUGGCACUCCGGGAGAUUUUUGAAGGGUUGAACGUUGGGUUUGUUGAUGGCUUGGACAUGACUAUUGCCUAUGCAUGUAAUGUCAUUCAUCCUCCCUUGGAAGUUCUAGAAAACCUCAUUAGCAUGUCCUUUACAAAAGCUUCAUAA